GUGUUGAAAAGAGUCGAAACAGAACCCAUUGUGGUGUUGGAGAGGAGUGAGCCGCUGCCUGAGAGAAGAAGAAAAGAGGCAAUUCCGAGACCACAAAGGGACUUAUGAUAAGCGGGCAGAUAUGGACGUUAAUGCACAACACAGACGCUGUUGUCCUUCGUGAAGAGGACCGCGUCGUCCAGUCGGAAAGAUCCGGUAUAUGAAGAGUUAAGACUCGACAGCCCAACUGUUUAUUUCAGCAGCUAGCAGGCUAACUGGCUAAAUACCUAGGAGCUAGAAAUGGGAAGCCCGUGUGAGUUUGCUUGAUAGAGAUCUCCGUUGAUCUUUGAAAGAGCUGUUUUCGGUUUAGUUAUUCUCGGCGGUGAUUUGAAGUAUCCGCCGCCCCCCUCGUAAGUAGCCGCAACUUUAAAGAAUGAUAUCAACUGAGCGCUAAGCAUUACACACUACUACAGAACCGGAGAGGAAAGUCAUACAGGCCUGCUGGCUCGAGGUUGCACACUAACACCAAGAAGGGAGAACAUGACUCACUGGCCUCUGCCAGAGACUGGCACGGGGCAGCUGUGCCAACCUCGCCCCUGCCUGCUGCUCUAGAAGCUACUCCGGUACAUCAUGACGGAGAGGCAUUGAGGUUAGCUCCCUGACGAUCAUCUCAAUACCUCUCCUCCCUAUCCCUCAAGAACCCCCCCCCCUCUCCCCGCCCCUGCCUAGUCCCCAUCAUGCUGCGCUUCCUUCCUCUCAAACUUGGCCGCCUGUACCGCUGUCUGAAGCUCUUACUGGUUGUUGGGUUGUUUGUCAUCUUGUUGAUGAACACCCACAGCCUGUUUGCCUCCUUCCAGAAGAAUGAGCUCACCGACAGACGCUUCAUCAACCUCAACAAGUGUCCCGCCUGCUUUGGCACCAGCUGGUGUCGCAAGUUCAUGAAUGGCCAGGUUUCCUUUGAAACCUGGGGUCGCCUGCGAUUCCUAGACGUUUUCAAUGUCAAGAAUGUUUACUUUGCUCAGUACGGUGAGCCCAGGGAGGGCACCCGUCGUGUAGUGCUGAAACGGCUCGGCUCCAAUCAGGAGCUGGCUGAGAUAGACCAGAAAAUCUGCAAGAGGGCCACAGGCCGGCCACGCUGUGACCUCAUCCAGGCAAUGUACAAGACAGAAUUUUCCCGGAUCAACGGUGAUGUUCGUCUGCUUACUCCAGAGGUGGUGGAGGGCUGGUCUGACCUGGUGCACUGCCCCUCUCAGAGGCUGCUGGACCGCGUGGUCCGCAGGUAUGCAGAGACCAAAGACUCAGGCAGCUUUCUGCUAAAGAACCUCAAAGACACGGAGCGAAUGCAGCUGCUGAUGACCCUGGCAUUCAACCCAGAACCGCUCGUACUACAGAGCUUUCCAUCAGACGAAGGGUGGCCAUUCGCCAAGUACCUGGGAGCGUGUGGGCGGAUGGUAGCUGUCAACUACGUGGGCGAGGAGCUGUGGAGCUUCUACAACGCACCCUGGGAGAAGAGGGUAGACUUGGCGCGCCAGCUCAUGGACAUUGCCGAGCAGCUCACCAACAACGACUUUGAGUUUGCCCUCUACCUGCUCGAUGUCAGCUUCGACAACUUUGCCGUCGGCCCACGGGAUGGAAAGGUCAUCGUUGUUGACGCCGAGAAUGUUCUCGUGGCAGACAAAAGGCUGAUCAAGCAGAACAAGCCAGAAAACUACGACGCGUGGUAUGAGAGCCGGUUUGAGGAGUGCGACAGGGAGGCCUGCCUGUCUUUCUCCAAGGACUCCCUUUGUUCCAGGGUCACAGUGGACCACAACUACUAUGCCGUGUGCCAGAACCUGCUGUCGCGGUACGCUACAUGGCGGGGCACCACUGGAGGCCUCCUCCAUGACCCCCCUGCCCACAUAGCCAAAGAUGGACAACUCGAGACCCUGCUGGACGAGUGCACCAGGCCCAAAAAGCGCUACGGCCGCUUCCAGGCGGCCAAGGAACUGCGUGAAUACCUCACACAGCUAGCUGCCGCUUCCUCCUCUGCCACGGCCAGGUAAUGAAUGGAGCCGGCGUUAGCCUGACACACUGAGAGACUGGAUCCUGUACUCUUUAUCUCUGAACUCUUGAGAUCCUGGUUCUUGUACAUGAUGUCAUUCGCUCCCCUUUGUGCACUGGAGCAGGAAGGUGUGAAGAGGUCUUGCAUCAGGAAGUGUAAGAAUCAAAACUUCAAAGCAGAUUUGUUAAAGCUCUAGCUUUUACCUGACUUUGCUUCUGUGUGAAAGAGCAGUGUGGCGCUAAGAGAUUCUGGUUCGAACCAGGAUAGAGAGGGGAUAGAGGCAACCUCUCCUCUCCCAGGGUUGGCUGCCAUCCUUGGGGGAGGUGAGAAAGGGCUCUGGUAAACGCAUCCUUCACUGGAACUGAGGCUACCGCAAACCAGAGCAUCCAAGCAACAACAGCAUCAUCGCACAGCCCUGACCACAUUCAUCGUCCUGUUCACUCCUCAAUCCAUCACAACUGUUGAGUUUUCUAACAUUGAACCUUAACACCAGUUUCAUUUUGCCCCCAGGAUGUCUUUUUUAUUUUAUUUUUUAUUCUAUUCAGGGCUGAAUUUAAGUACAUGGGUGCGUUUACAUUUUUGCUAUGCCAUGGCUUUUUUCACCCUCUGUAGCAUGGCUGCAGGGAAGGCGGAGGUAGCAUGAAUCUCCUGCUGUCAGGCAGCAGGGAAGGCCAAACUACAGCAGGUAGAGAGGAAAAGCGGAGAGUUGGGGGUUUGGUUUUUUUUUAUGCAGGAGAAAAAGAAAACCCUUGGUGGCUAUAUAAGUCUAAUUUCCUGCUACUCCAAUCAAUCACUUGAUUUCUAGGUUCCAGGAUUGUGGCAAUCGUCUUUUUUGUGUGGUUUAUUUUUCUUCCCUUUUCUAUAGGAAACCAAGAGAGUGAGACAGCUGCACAUAGGAAAAGGAAGGGAAUAAUUGGACAUUGGUGGUCCCUUGAUGCAGAUGUGCCUAUACCAAAGAGGCUAUAUGUAAUAUUAAGAACCCUGAGCAGUACAGAGUGACGGCACCUUUCCCUCCAGUUGUUCCCCAAUAGAGCUCUCCUAAGCAACCGUAAUGUGUACACAAUCCUAUAUGAGCUGGCAGGCCUGUAUUCUGAUUUAUUUUUUUUUUCCUAAUCCGAAGUCAAAGAUUGGACAUUGUUAAUGUCACAUAGCCCCCUCUGCUUUGUUAACCUCCCAUAUGAUUAAUAAAUGAUGAUCAAAUAGGCCUCAGCAUGCUUUUUUGUAACAUCAAGACUAAAUGAAAGGGGGAAAAUAAAGUGAUUCUUAAGAGGGCUAGAAAACACAAUAAAACAGCAUUGUAGUGACCUUGAGUGCCGAAUUCUCUUUAAAUGUCUAAUUGAUAAAUAAAUCUAAUUUUCAAACUUCUUCCACUAGUGUUGAGCACAGUAAGCUCUAUCAAGUAAAUGUUAAA